AUGCCUCGGGCUUUCUUAGUGAAAAAAUCCUGUGUGUCUGUGGGCAAGAGGAACUGGAGUGAAUUGCCUGAUGAAGAGAGAGGAGAGAUUUAUGUACCAGUCUGCCUGGGGGGCUGUGCCCUGGGCAAGGACUUGGAGCCCUCGGUGGCUGAAGCCCCCUCGUAUCCGAUGCCCCUGGACCUGACCCUGCGAGAUCCGAGCUACACGGCUGCCCAGCUCCCUGGGGAGGUGCCCCCAGCUGGGCAGCACAAUGGGUUCCCACGGCCCAAAAUGAAGGUGACGUUGGGCGCGGGGCCGGGCGAGCUGUUCUCCUGCCCCGUGUGCCAGAAGGGCUUCAGCUACCAGCGCAUGCUCAACCGGCACCUCAAGUGCCACAGCGAGGUCAAGCGCCACCUGUGCCCCUACUGCGGGAAGGGCUUCAACGACACCUUCGACCUCAAACGCCACGUCCGCACCCACACAGGCGUGCGCCCGUACAAGUGCCACCUGUGCGACAAGGCCUUCACGCAGCGCUGCUCGCUGGAGUCGCACCUGAAGAAGAUCCACGGGGUGCAGCAGCGCUACGCCUACAAGGAGCGGCGGGCCAAGCUCUACGUGUGCGAGGAGUGCGGCUGCACGGCCGACAGCCAGGAGGGCCACCUGCUCCAUCUGCGGGAGCAGCACCCCGACAGCCCCUUGCUGCGCAAGGCCUCGCGCAAGACGGCUGCCUCCCUGCACAGUGCCCUCCCCACGCUGCUGCAAAGCAGCCCGCGUCUGUGAGAUGUCGCCCCCUGCAGGGCACCCAGUGCCUGGGAGACAG